AUUUUUUUUUUUUUUUUUUUUGACAUUUUACUUGUCUUGUUCAAAUUGCGAAGCAAGGAGAUGACAGUAAUGGUAACCGCGAAAAAUUCUGACACUCUCCUACCUCUCCAUACCUUUCCACCCGUCGGUCUAUCUCACCUCGGUCGCUUGCAGUCGCCGCGUCAGCUCCGUGCUUAUAGAAAUUCUCGUCUUGCUGGUAAUUGCUUCUACAUGCCGCGUCAGCUCUUAUCUAGAGAGCGCUUCCUUUGCGACAAGACGGUCUCAGUGCCUAAGAGGAAUUUCCACAAACGCCUCGAGGGCAAGUUGAGGGUUUUCUUCCUUGAUGUCAACCCUCUUUGCUACCGAGGGGCAAAACCAAGCUUGCCCUCCUUCGCCAACUGGCUCUCUCUCUUCUUUUCCGAAGUUAGCAUACGCAACCCUGUAAUUGCUGUUUUGGAUGGGGAAGAUGGUAAUGGGUACCGAAGGCAGCUGUUGCCAUCGUACAAAGAACAUAGGAGGAAGUUUAUCCGACAUUGGCAGGAGUUGCAGAUAAGUUCCAUUGCUAGGGUCAGCUCCAACGAGCUGCAAAUCACCGAUGUGCUACAUAAGUGUAAUGUGCCGGUAGGUGAGAAGUUUUGAAGUUUAAGCAUCAUG